AUGCGUUCUACUACGCCAUACGAUGCCUCCUCUAAUUGCAACACAUUAAAGUUGACGAGUAUGUUCCCCAGGUAUGCUCAAAGCUGGCUCGCUCUGGUUUGUCUUCUCAAUUGCAUGGCAUUGCCAAUUGAAGGAGUGACAAUCAGCCGAUUUUUAGGGGAGAAUGAGGAACUAGUGCCAGGAGAGACCUAUCAAUAUCUGCCCCCAAUUCAACCGGAGCGCAUGAUUAUGUAUGACCCCACGUCCGGUCAUUCAAGGAGCUUUUGGCGCUAUCCUGUGCCAUCAGUAUCCUCCGUUGAGCAGGCCAGCCUACCAACCGUCAAACGAGCACAGUUCCUUCGAAUUGGUUGA